CUGUCUAUUCUCUGUCAAAUGUCAGUUUCUAACUAAUUUUGUAUUCAGGACUUCUGGAUUUUGUGUAUGUGGUGAAAAUAAUACACUUUGUUAUUGAUUUCUGUGUUAAAUAAACAACAAAUAUAACUAUUACGCGACCAUGAUAUGAGCACUAACUCACCAAAUAAUCAAGAAGAGUAGUUUUAAUCAUUUGACUAAACAACAAACGUGACGAGGCCAAUCAUGGCUGAAACUUUGGACCCGCUGUCACCAAGCCUGAAUAAUACAGGACGAGGGGAUUCAGGCAUUGUGCAGAAAUUGAGGAUGAGGAUUGGCAGAGGAGGACCAGUGAACAGGCCUGUUGGAGAAGGAUAUGUGGAGUUCGGAGAGUUCAGGACGGAACGGCCGGGUAUCAAGAAGGUGGGCACAUUCGCCGGAGUCUUCUGUCCUGUCGUGCUAUCCAUGUUCAGCGCUUUAGUCUUCAUUCGAAUGGGUUACCUAGUAGGCAACGCGGGUCUGUUGGUGACUCUAGGCCAGUUUGGGCUGGCCUACCUGAUCGUGAUAUUCACGGUGACGUCCAUCUGUGCCAUCUCUACUAACGGGGCUGUUGAAGGCGGGGGCGUUUAUUUCAUGAUAAGCAGGACCCUAGGUCCUGAGUUCGGAGGAGCAGUCGGCACACUGUUCUUCUUCGCUAACGUGGUGUCCAGUGCUCUUUGUAUCUCCGCCUGUACUGAAGCGCUAGUUGAGAAUUUUGGAGAAAAUGGUUACCUGGUAGGAUCCCACACAGGUAUUCCAGACGGCUGGUGGUAUCGCUUCCUGUACCGUUCGGGGCUAAAUGCUAUCGGGCUAGGCGUUUCCCUGGCCGGGGCGUCACUCUUCGCCAGGACCAGCCUCGCUAUAUGGAUGACCAUGCUGAUCUGUCUCGGAAGUGCUUUCAUCAGCUUCUUUGUGACUCCUCUUGCGUUGAUUGACAAACCAGACACGAACCACAUCGUGAACACCACAGCGUUUUACUACACAGGCUUAAAUUCCACCACGUUAUACGACAACCUGUACCCUCAAUAUGGAAGGGAUUACACCACCACUGACGGACAGAUGGUGGACUUCGCGUCAGUGUUCGGGGUCCUGUUCACUGGGGUCACUGGGGUCAUGGCGGGGGCUAAUAUGAGUGGUGAACUGAAGAACCCGUCUCGCAGCAUCCCAUUCGGUACACUAGCGGCUCUUCUCUUCACGUUCGUGUCGUACAUCGCUUUGAGCUUGCUGACGGCUGCCACGUGUACUAGAGACCUGUUGAUCAAUAACUACGUGUAUCUGUUACCUAUUAAUAUAUGGCCGCCUUUUAUUGCUGUUGGUAUGCUGAUGGCCACAUUUUCAGCUGGUCUGUCAAACUUGAUCGGUGCUUCAAGAGUGUUAGAAGCGCUAGCGAAAGAUAACAUUUACGGUUUCCUCCUCCGUCCGAUGGUCUCCCGGUCAGGCAACCCAGUCCUCGCUGUGAUCACGUCCUGGCUGCUAGUCCAGGUGGGCAUCAUGGCAGACUCUCUGAACGCCAUCGCUCAGGUCAACUCCGUACUCUUCAUGACCAGCUAUUUCGCUAUUAAUCUGGCGUGUUUGGGCUUGGAUCUCGCUUCUGCACCUAAUUUUAGGCCAACAUUCAAGCAGUUCUCCUGGCACACGUCCCUGCUCGGCCUACUAGGCUGUGCGGGCAUGAUGUUCGGUCUCCGAGCUGUGUACGCAUGCGGGGCAGCACUCGCAUGCGGGUCCCUGGUGGUGGCGCUGCAUCUGCUGUCGCCGGCCGCGGCUGACCCUACGUGGGGCUCGCUUAGUCAGGCUUUGAUAUUUCAUCAGGUUCGUAAAUACCUGCUGCUGCUAGACCCUCGUCGCGAGCACGUGAAGUUCUGGCGUCCUCAGAUGCUGUUACUCAUCGCCUCACCGCGCCAGUCUGCACCGCUCAUAGACUUCGUUAAUGAUCAGAAGAAGGGCGGUCUAUUCGUGGUGGGUCACGUCCGUGUCGGUGAGCUGGACGGCGCGGGAGACCCGCUCGCUGCCGAGCACAAGUACUGGCUCAAACUCAUCGAUCAUCUCAAGGUGAAAGCCUUCGUAGAGCUAAGCCUGUCAUCAUCAGUACGUAGCGGCGCGGCGCAGCUAGCGCGGCUGGCGGGGCUGGGCGCCAUGAAGCCCGACACCGUACUCCUCGGCUUCAGGGAUACGGCGCCACCCACCGACUGGUUCCAAGACCCCUCAUCCCCGUACAAGACGGACAUUUUCGACCUAGAAUCCGGCGAAACAGUGUUCCCGUGCCGCAAGCCGACGGACGUCCGUCUGUCGGGCACGGAGUACGUGCGCAUCGUGUCGGACGUGCUGUCCGUCAAUAAGAACGUCUGUCUGUGUCGGCACUUCCAUAAGUUAGAUAUGGGCAAUGUUGAGCGCAAAUCAGCCACCCUGCAAUACAUAGACGUCUGGCUAGUAGAAGUCCUCUCCCCGUCGUGCGAGGAGGCGUUCACAGUGCGCGGCUUGUUCGCUCUGCAGCUCGCAGCGGUGGUGCGCAGUGCUCGAGGCUGGCAGCACCUGCGACUGCGUCUGCAUGCUGUGCACGUGCCCGCGCAGCCGCCUACUACGAUACAUGAAGCGGGUCGCACGGUUACGGUAGGCGAGCACUCUGCGCUGGAGUCGCUGGGCGCCGGCCGCCCGCUCGAGGAGAGGCUCGACAAGCUGCUCAAGCUGCUCAGAAUUAACGCCACUAUACAUAUUGUGACAGAGUGGCCUAAAUUAGAUGAAUACAGCAGAUUUUCAAAUGACAAUGAUAACAGCAUGUACCAACGAGUGCCUGUCGCUUAUUUACAAAUCGUGAACAACAUAAUAAAGCAGCGCAGUUCUCAAGCGACGGCGGUGACGUUCGUGCAGCUUCCCGCGCCGCCCAAACUCACCAACACCAACGCUGAUGACUCUGUUUGUGAACAUUAUUUGAAGGUGCUAGACGAAUUCACGAAAGAUCUUCCGCCCACCAUUUUAGUAAGGGGUUUGAAAUCAGUCACAUCAACCGCGCUAUAACUCAUCAGUAUCUGUGACGUAUUUAGCAGAUCUCUACAGUCGUCGCCAAACUUUAUGGCGUCUCGCAACUAACUUCAGAAUACAGGUAGGAGCAUUAUAACCAUUUACGCGCUUAACCUUUAUAAGGUAUGUAGGUAUCACCUAAUAAAGGUUUCUGUGCAGACGACAUUAAGAUUGGCUAGACUUUUACCUGAAUUAUGAUCUAGACAAAUGGACCAAUUUGUAGACGUACUCAGUUUUUUAGGUAAUUUUAUAACAGUGCUCACACAUCUAUGCUUCGAUUUGUUUUUUUGUUUAUAUUAUGAUCUAUUUGCCCAUAUAGUUAAAAGGAUAUAAUUGUACAUUGAAAAUCGAUUAUUACACUCCAAUGUAAUUAUUUCAAUUGAAAAUAAAUUCUAGCGAGUUACCAAGUAUAAGCCCUUUUUCUCCGACAACUUUAGUGUCCGAUUAUUUUAAAACUGCUUUUGAAAAUUGAGUCAAGAAUGAUUAGACCGGUUUUUUUAUUUUACUUUGAGAUAAUUUCUAAUUUUCCUUAUUCAAUGGAUGUACCGUAGUUGUGUGCACACUAUUAUAUAUUUUUUAUACUAAUGCUUAUUUCUUAGCAACCGUUUUUGUUUAAAAAUAUGUUUUUAGCGCUGUCUAAACUAUAAUUAAAUCUUAAUAUGCAGUGGGUGUUCAAAUUAUUACAUCUUAGAGAAAGUUUUCUAAAAAAAUGUAUUUAACUUUACUGACUUAUGCUUUGACUUAAUAUGGCAACAUUUUAUUCAGUAGACUGACAAACAAAUGAUUCUAAUUCGAACACCCACUGUAUUAUUUAUAAAAUUCCAUUUAAAGGUGCUAUUUUCUAUUACUAACACUUUUAUUUUCAUCUUCACCAAUUUAUAGGCAAAAAAGCAUAGGUAAAUAUAUCAUCAAUAUUACACAAUCACAUUUACUAGAUAAAAAAUCGAUUUUAGAUAGAUCAAUUCGAAAGAAGCCUUAAAUUCUUACGUAUAAGGUAUAUAUUCGCUUAUUUUUGUUUGCCUUAUCUAUCUCGAAUUUCGCUAUUAUUUGUAUAUUUUUGAAAACUGUGUUGAGGAGGUCAGAUAAGCAGUUGCUCCUUAUAAAGCACUGGUACUCAGCUGCAUCUGGUUAAACGGGAAGCCGACCCCAAUAUAGUUGGGAAAAGGCUAGGUCGAUGAUGUUUUAACGCGACUGCUACAAAAGGGAUAUUUUCAUUCAUGAAAGUUGGGAAUAAAUCACUUUUAUCAUUUUCUUAUAAUUUCGUUACUAUUAUUAAUUUAACCAAGAAAUGUCCAUUAAUUGGUUCUCGGUAUUAAUUUAAACUAUGUGACAUUUUUCGGUUGAAAUUCAGACUUCUAUUAAAAUUCUUUGACAAUUCCUAAAUUGACUUUUAUUUAGUUCAGUUACUUUUACUUUUGUAUGCCAAUAUGUUUAGUAUUUGAUAUUAUUAUGAUUAGUUUUUGUAAUAAAUAUGACAAUUAUGAUUUAUCCAUGUAUUUCUUUGUAUCCUGUUUCAGUCUUAUUAAUAAUCCCGGAUUAAAGUUACUCCAAGUCAUAAGAAAGGAGGUAUCAAACAUUUUUAAACUUGGAUUAACUUUACUCCGCUAUUAAUAAGAUGUUUUGUGAUCUUUUAUUUAUUUUAUUUGACUAUUAUAUCAAGAUAUAAAAAAUGUAUAAUUAUAUUAAUUUGCUUGUUUUUGUCACUGUUGGCUUUUUAUUGCUUACUCAAAAGUUUUCCCUUUUUAAAAAGGCCUAAUACUUGACAAGAUGUCUGUGAGUUUCUAUAAUAGCUUGUCUCCUAGGGUGCGCUUAGACGAAAUGAACCAACUAGAACAUUAUAUCGCAGCAUUUAAGCAUAUUAUUUCCCUUUUAAAUUAUUCUAACUAAUCAUUUGUAAGCGUUCGUUUAUUUGGUUAAAACACAACCUUUUCAUGUUAGCAUUUGUAUAAUCUUUAUUUCGCUUUGCACUUAUAAUAUAAACACUUAUAAUAAGUAGAUAGAAAUAAAUCACUUAGAUAUUUGAAUAUAAGUGCACCACACAAAGCAAGCACCAAAUUAUUUUUAUAUAAUAAAUAAAUCAAUUAUAUUUGUGUAUAUUAUUAAUUAUUAAUAUAAUGAUGUUUAUUGCAAUUAAGUGUAAUUUUAAAAGCAGUAUUUUAUGGCAAAUUGUGAUAUGACAAUAAAUCAUUGUAUAUUUUUAA